AUGUCUACAAUUUUCAACGAAAAAAGCGUCUACUUCGGCAUUAUUUGGUCAUCAUAUUACGUCUUGGGUGGCGUCGACUUGUAUGACGGGAAUCAUGGAACCAUUCGCUACUGGGCUGCUGUGCUGCUUAAUGUUCUCGUGACUUUGGGGUUUCCGCUGAUGCUUUUCUUGGCCAUGUUCAGCUUCGAGCUGCCGCUGGACAAUCUAGUCAACUUCAAUAUAUCGCUCACCUCGGCAUCUGCCUCUGUGAAAUUCGUAAUUUUUGUCAUUCGGCUAAAGAAGAUUGUGGAGAUCGAGCAGCGAGUGGCUCAGUUGGACAGGCGUGCGGACACGGAUGAACAACGUUCCUAUAAAGCCAAAAUGGCCAGGAAGUUGGUCAUCAUGUCGACAGUGUAUAAAUAUAUCUAUGGCUGCUGCGUUGUGACGUCGAGCGUCUCCUUUCUGUUUUGCAAGGAGCGCUCUUUGCCAUUCCCGGCCUGGUUUCCAACGGACUGGACAACUUCGCUGACCAGUUACUUGAUUGCGGUGAGUCACCAGAUCCUCUCAAUAGUCGUACAAGUGCUGCAGAACUUUGUGGAUGAUCUGUUUCCGCCAAUGAUCUUC